AUGUCACCCAAAUCAAGGCGUUCGCAGCGCAAUAAAGCAGCUGCUGUACAAGCUGCCGAAGAAGCUCGACCACGGCCACGACUACAUGCACAUCAUCGAAUUCGAUCUGAUCCGUUCGGCGUAGAACCACCGUUGACGAUCGAUCAGCACUUGAGCAACUAUCACCAGUCGCUCUUGUCGCCAUCUGCUCGAACAGAACGAAUGGAUGUACAUCAUCAUCAUCCCUCAGGAUUGUCAUUAUCAUCACCACCAUCCGCUGGAACAGCAGCAGCACAAGCGACCGCCGUGUUUUAUCAGCAUCGUCCGUUGACCCUGUUGGCGAAUGCGGAGAAUCCUGCUGGUCAGGGUCCGCCGUUCCCUUUUACAUUACUACAUCCGCCAAUCAAGGACAGCUGUGAUCAGGUACCCAAUCAUCGUGCUUCCGCGGUUCGUGAGAACGACCGACAAGCCGAAGGCGGUGGCGGCCGUGGUGAUGGAAACAGUGGCGGCGGUUUGCUUCAACUCGCUCAUGUCGUUAGUACUUUUGGUUAA